CAGUGUAACGUUGCUCCGGCCAGCACCACCAGCUUCAGUAUCGUUCCGGCCGCGGUCUCGUUUGGUCGUUCUUGACGAAGGGUCGCGAGUUUAUGUUCCUUCGGCAUCGCCGCGACCGCCUUUCUUCCCGGCCUACUUUUGACCCGCAGAAUACGUUACGGUCUCUUGCCGAGAAAUUUGGUCGCUUCGGCGACUUGGUCGUCGUCGAGGCUCAUUAUGAACAUGGGCUAGAUCGCAGCUUGCCUUAUCCGCCCGAGGAUCAGGAUCAGUGGAAUAAUGUGUCACGACAAGUAGGAGGAGAAUUGAAACGAAGUUGUCAGUGCCAAAGUGGCGGUGCAAGUGCCGAAAUUUAUUUCGAUAUUAUCUGAAGAUUGUCAUCGCGAUCGUACGCCUGCUAGCAUUGGUGGCGCGAUCCGCGGAUAUUGUAAGAUGAGCCCGGCCUCCCAGGGCGCCCUGGAAGUGGAGCGUUACAUCGGCAGUUGCCUGAUUUCGUCCAACGUGCGCGCCGGACUGCACGGUAAGCCCGUGCCCGUCUGUCGGAAGCAAGAACAGCCAGCGACGGUACGCGGCAGCAAGGUGCGCGGUUGUUAUAAUGGAGGGCAGGGUUACUCCGGGCUGGCUGAUCAGCAGCAAUGUCAGGUGCAAUACGGUGGUCCGGGCGGCUGGACGGGCGCGCCGCUAAUAUCAAUGACAUCAAGUCCGCGCAGGUGUAAUCAGCGUUCGUCGCCGUCACUCAGUCAACAACAGCAACAGCAGCAGUCGCAGCAACAGCAACAGACGUGCGGCGAUCAGCAGCAGGUGCCACCGAGUGGUCAUCUACACAAAAGUCCCCUGUCCAGGUUGGCGAUUCACACGCAAGGCGCACCUCUGAUUCUGGCCGGGCGAUUUUACAAUCGUGGCAAGGUGCACAGCAACAACAACAAUAACAGUGGCAAUUCUAACGCGUCGCCCUGCGGCAACCUCGCCGGCAAUUACGUUCAUAAUAGCGCGAACCCAUCCAUGACGAGCAACGCGAACGGCGCGACGAGGUGCUCGGCAUCGCGAAUCGUCCCUCAAAGGCCGGCAGAGGCCACCGCCAAGAAACCACCGACGAUGGUGUCCUCGAGCUCCAAGACAACAGCGACGAACGCCGAUUGUUCGUCCGCUGCGGCGAAGGAAAAUGCCGGUUCCUCGAAUAUUGCGAACAUCGACUCGCUGAGUAUCGCGAGCGACGAGAGCUCCGGAUCGAAUAAUUCAGAGAACAGCCUGCCGCGCAUCAUCAAGCCUCGCAAGCGCAGAAAGAAGGACCGCAAGCCGCCAAACAAUGUUGUCGCGAGUGGCGUCGACGCGGUCAAAUCGGAGGAGCCGCAGGUGCAGCGGCAGCAGCCUACCGGUUGCGGCGCCACGACCGGGGAACAAUCCGGUGUCAUCGGGGUGAAAUCGUACGCGCCGACCUGCUACGAACCAAGGAUCUACGAAGCGGCCGCGCCGCAUCUCAGGAACUACCGGAGGCCACCGGUCGGCCAUCGUGAGAAUAUCUACGGUGGCUGCAGGGCGCCGUCGAUGCAGGCAGAAAUGGCGGACGUCAGGCAGCAGCGGUACGUGCACCACCGGCAUCAUGUGCAAGUGAAAGUGCUAGACGACAACCGUAACGUGAUCGCGGCGCCGAUGCGUGCCACGGCGCCACCCAAAAACUACCGGCAUCAUCACGUCAAUGAUAAUGGUAACUGUAGCGGCAAUCUGCCGCGACGUUACGUUCACGAGUAUGGCGAGUCCUGCGAGGCCGCCGCCAGGGGAGACGGUCUGGGUCCGUGUCAGUGUCGAUACUGCGACCCGGCCGGCCUAAUCUGGGACGUCGACCGGAACGGUUACGCGCCGUUCCUGACGACGACUCUGCCGCCGCCACCGCCGUCGUCGUCGUCCAGCGUCGAGUACUGUCGCGGUAGUCACUUCAGCCAAAUACCGCUGUUCCUGACGUCGCCGUGUACUGGUCUUCAGGAACGCGUGCUCGACAGAGUGUUCGACGAGCAUUCUCGACCGCACGACGACGGGAGGGACGCGGGGCCCGUCGCCGGGCCCGGCGGCAUAGUGUUGAGACGCAGCUGGAGCGAUCCAACGAGUUACUUUAGCUACGGCGAGGAGAUCGCCGCGCCGACAAAGGACGUUGGCGUUAUCGGCGAUCGAGGGGGCCAGUCUGAAAGUGGGAGACACAAACGAACCCUCUGGCGCGGCGACAGCAUCGGCAGCACGCCGGUAAGCUCGCCGGCGAACGCGAACGCCGCGGGCUCGAAUGCCGGUAGCGGGUCCGCCGCGUCUCCGAAGGGCCUGGAAGUGUCAACGGAGAUCAUCACGUCGCCCAACGGCCAUCGGGAUCUGGAGAUUAAAUUCUAUUCGUCGCCAUCGCCCGCCGAGCGCUUCGCCGAGGAGGACAAGUCGUCGUCGAGUCUCGCCGGAGAGGCCGAUGACGACGACAAUGGGGACGACGACUUCAGCGAUAUAUGGAGUUACCACGAGUCGAAGCUGCAGCAGGAUUUCCGCACGCUGCUGCAGGCGGAAGAGUGAUGGAUCGUCGACGUUAUCUAACCGAAGAUGUUCCCGAGCGCGACGAGCGCUCGCAGUCGCGCGGAUUCGCUCGGUGGAGUGCGAAAUGAGAGCGAAAUGGCAAACGCCGACAAUGGCGGAAACGGCGCGGAGAAAAGGAGGAGAGUGCGUGGGUGUUGACGACGAGGUAUUUGGCUCUGUUUCGUAAAGAAGUGACACGGGAGAGAGAGAUAUAAACGAUGUUGUACUCGUCGCCCGUCGUGCGCAAAUGACUCGAUUGACGUUCGCUUUGGUCUCGCGACGCUCGCUUUUACGUGCGAUCUCGAGGGGGCCAGAGCCAAGCGUUCCCGCGUGAACGACGGUAUCGCCGAGCCUCUACAAGACGGCGUCGAAGGCGACAACGAGGAGGGGUUUCUCAUCGCUAACGGUGUUCGUAGUAUACGUGACGUGACGUGAUGCGCGUGCACGCAUCAAUGCCGCACGCGAAGACGCGCCGUCGCUCGGUACUCCAUUUGAUGUUCCGCGUCCAGCCAAGUGGAUUGACUUCACCGAGCAACCAUCGAGAAACGGUGUCGAUCAGUCUUGUCGCAAAGUGUGUUAGUCUUGAGAGAUCAGAAGAGCGUGUGUACUUGCGGGUGUGUUGUAUGUGUGUAUACGCGAGCGUACUUGAAUAUGCGUUACGCACGUGACCUCAUCUAUCGGGUCUCUUUAACGCAUGGAUUUUCUUUGUAGUAGGUUGUACACACGACAAUCAUCUCGUCGGUUAUAUAGUCAGUUACAUAAUAGUCUUUCGUGUUUUUACUAGUGCUUUUUUUUCUGAUACGUGCAAAAUUUCGCUCCAAGAUCCGGAGGUGGAACGUUAAUUAAGUUAGAUUAUUAUUGAGAGAAAUCCCACCAAAAGAUAAUUACACGUUCUUCGUGUGUUUUUCAAAGUCAGUUGAUCGUGAAUCAUGCAGUCGAUCCACCCGACGUUCCAAUUUGCAACAACAAAUUGGAGAAUACUAGUUAGAUUAAUUCCGUUAAUGUGUAAAUACCUAAAAAUAGAAAAUAUUUAGGUAAUUCUGAUUGGUUUAAUCGUCGACUAUGCCUGACUCGGUGCACGGAAAUUAGUCACUUUCUCCUCAUUUUUACAACUGCAACGAUAUUUGUGAUACAAUCUACGGCGACAGGCCAUGCGUGAAAGAAGUCUGCGAGCCAAGAAACGAUAGCGACAUAGGAACAAGGCGGAAGGGACGAGGAAUAAAAUAUAUAACGUUGCUGAUAUUUUAUGUGUUACCAAUCGGAAUAUCGGAAUGCCUUCGCCGUGCCCUUUUGUAGACGUGGGACCACUCAUCUCUCUUAUACUUCAACUAUAUCUGUUUUCCGAUCGAUUGCCCCUACACAAUGAUCAUCUUAUCAUGAAUUUAUUCUAUCUCAUUCCGCGAUCCCACGCCCAAUUUUUAUACCCCAUUGUGUCUUGGCUCUGACGUGUACCCAACACGAGAUCGACGCGUAUUGAAUUAUCGCUCUUCACGCGUAAUUAGGUAGCGACUAUUUUUCCUCGAUGUCCAUCGAUUCGCGAAGUGACGAUCCGUGCGUACUCCAACAUCCUCCUUAAUCGUUUUGCAGCUUGUAAUUGUGCAACGGAGGUUGAGAAACGUUAGAUUGUCGAUCGAAAUUGUUCUUGACGCGACCAAACUCGCUUUAGCCGCGAAACGCGAGGUAUUCUCAUGUCAGUUUACGCGUCGCGCCAUUCAUGUCGAGUUGUCGCGUGCGAUGCCUAAAAGGCGCAUCCGGGAAAACUAGUUUCGACCGCCGCGCCGAGCCGGCCGCAAGAGGUUAAUCACGAGAGUUAAGAUACAGACUCGCGCGCGUGGACGCACGUCUCGUCCGACCACGCACCAACACGCUCGCGUGGUGGUGAUAUACCCUGGCUUUUUCUCGCCGUCGUCGUCGCCACCAUCGCCGCCGCUGCCGUCGCCGCCGCCAAUUCCAAGACGAGUAGCGGCGACGUGACCGUUUAAAACGUAACGUAGCAAUUAAUCGAAAGAACGAUGAACGGUCCGGUCCGUUGCUGGCCGCCGUCACCGCCCCCGCCGCCACCACCGAUCGUAAUCGACGUCUGCGCCUUCCACCUCGCCUCUUCCUUCGCGCCAGAUCGCUCGCGAUAGUAGGUCGAACUGUUCCCCCGGCGGGAGAGGGAAUCUUCAUCAUCAUCUUCUUACCCGCGAAAGGGGCCCGCCUCGCGUGAAAGGAGCUACCGUCUGUACUAGUAACUGCGUUUAAUCGCGCGCUAUCGCCGCGUUUUAUCGGAUAACUCGGCGCAACGGUUCAGCCUCAGAGUCGAGCGCCGAUAACCGGGCGGCUAGCUCUCUCGAGUUCGUAACAUUGUUUCGCGUUUCCCCCCUAUUGCCUCUCGCUCUUACCGUUUACCGUUGCCUCUGCUAAAUAACGGCAAGUGGACCAGAUAAACGCGUUAUUGAUUUGUUCAAUAUCAAUAUAAUCAAGUGGAACUAUCGUUGCCGUCAUUCCGUUUCGACUCGCCGGAGUUGGAUAGCAGAUAUUGUCGUACGUUCCGUUACGGGAUAUCUGACUCGUCCGUAAUCGACGAUCGAUAGCUCCGUAGUUUGUGUAUUAUUCCUUCUUCAUUCUCAGGUAUUCUCCUACAGAUUAAAUUAUUGUUAAUGCGAUUUCGUUCCAAGUGAAGCCUUACGAAUAUUUGGAAUAUAGAAUUUUGAUUCUUUUUUUUGUCUCUAUUUUUAACAACAAAAUGCCAUUGUUACUCAACAUACUUACUUAAAUAAAUUGAAACUUGUUUCUUCAGAAUUCUAGUGUUGAUAGAGAUCUCAACUACAGUUAGGUAAUUACGGUGAAGAAUGCCAUCGUGAAUUCGUUAGAUAACUUCUAUCAGUUUUUUUUCCGGAAAUAUUAGUAUGAUCGAUCAGUCACCGCCACAUACUGAUAUGAUUAUCGCGGCGAUCGAAAUGCGACGGAUCGAAGCGUUUAAGACCGAGCGAGGGUGGAAGGCGCGGCAAAGAAUUACACGGCAGGAUCAGGCGUUCUAUACCCGAGAUACUAUAUAUCUACAUUAGCGAAAGGCCAUCGCGCAGAUUUACACAGAGCGUAGAAGCGAGUAAACGUAGAAGCGAGUCGGCCGGUCACACACACACCCACAUACACACGUAUACACGUAUACAUAGGCACGCCGUGUCUAUCACGAGCCGCGUCGUGAUAGGUCGACUCGUUCUUCUGUAAAUCUGUGCUCGAUGAUCGAGAGAGCCUCGGUCGAGGGGACCGAGGUCGCGCGACGAAUCCCCGCGAAUCCUGCGUCGUUUUGUAUGCGAUAUACGAAGACUAUACCAUCUGUCCCCGUUCCCUCGCGACAUUAUACGUCAGCUAGACGGGCAAGACAUAUGCUACGAGCCACUCAGCAUCAUCACACGUCGUCAUUUCACCGUACACCGUACACGGACGCACGCACACACACACACACACACACACACACACACACACACACACACACACGCACGCACGCACGCACACACACACGACACACAAACUCUCGGCAAACCACCUAUCGUUAGACCGUAAGUCUAGAAUCUAAUUGUAAGGCGAUCCAUUUAGAUUAUUAUCUUCGUUGUCUAUAUGUGUAUAGAAGAAAUCGCGCGAAGACGGCUUGUCUUUUGUUGUCACGAUUUCGGAGCGCGCGUAAUGGAAAAACACGACGAUGAUGAGACGAGGUAUGAUCGGGGAAUAUAUAAUAUAUAUAUCUAUAUAUAUGUAUAAUGAGAGUGAUGAAUAUUUUGAAUGGGUGUUUUUUGCGUAUGAUACGUGUUUCGUUUUGGAGAAACGGGAGAAAAUGAAUACGUAUUCACAAAUAAUGGAAUGACGGAAAUGUUUGUUUUGUUACUGCUAAAAAGAGAAGUUUGAAUUUUUUGAAAGAAUACCGCGUUGUUUCUUAUUGCAAAAAGUUACAAAAAGAGGUAAGGUGGGCUCUAUUUGUGAGUUAAAGAAAAAAAUUUGAUAAUAAAUUUUUAAGACAGGGAGGGACUUUUCGGCUUUUUGUCUUGAAAAUUUUGUAUCCGAUUUUUUGUUCAACUGACUGAAAUAGCUCCUCCUUACCGUACAGUUACUAUAUAUAUUACGAAUGCAAACAGCAAUCGGAGGGACACAGGUUUGGCGUUCUAGUUUUCCAGAGAUAUAUAUAACGCGGCGGAAUUAUUCAUGAAUAUUUAUAGCAGCCGUUUCUUCAAAAAGAAACGCGCACGGAUUAAACUAGGAGGAAACCGAUGAAAUCUUGUUAGUAUUCAGUACACUCGCGGUGCUGGGCAUACGAAGGGCAGGCCAUAAAAAUUCGACAACGGCGACGACGACAAUGUUCGUUUGGGGCUAUAACGGGUGUGCGCUUUGUGCCGGGUUUGACGUACGUAGCGAACGCGCGUUCCCCGAGCGAACGCGAAGAAUGAUAUUGCUAAUAUUUCUCUCUUGCCGGCGAGUCGCACCUUGCGUGGCAAGUUUUAUUGCCGAGUGGCGACAGAUAAAUAUUGUCCUUGGUUCCUUGUUAAGGCGGAGCGCGCGCGCGCGCGACGCAUCGAUGCAUAAUCAUGCAAUGCGUACGCGAGGAAAUCGCAUUCGAGAAAGAAAAGAAAAAGCUAGUGAAAGAGAGAGACUGCUUUAAUAAUAUCGUCGUCGAUAUUUUUCUUCGAGGAUUCCUACAAGUCGUAUCCGAGGGAAAAGGCCUGCCAUUCGCAAAUGUUCGUUCAUGUUUUAUCCGAUUGCGUGCGAUGUUUGUGUCGACGCUGUGUUAUAUGUCGACGUAUUUUCGGUUGUAUUUAACGUCGCUGCAUGAAUGCGCUAUACGAGUGCAUCGGACAGCAGUCCGGCGGGAAAAGUGAAACACGUCAGAGAGUGAUUUAAGUCGAGUGACUAUGGCGUAAGUCUAUUUUAAGACUUUAAGAGUCGUAAAAGCAUUUUUAUUUCCACGUACAUAUAAGCGGUCUUUCUUAUCGAGGGUCUUGACAAACACGCCUGAAUCGUCUAAGCAAAUUUGAAUGAAAGAAUUAAAGGAAGGAAAUCAUGCAUUGCGUCUUUCUGUAUUGCGCUUAGACUCGUUUUCAACAAGUUAUCACUUUGCCACUAGACCUUCCGACACAAAUUUUCUUCAUUCGAUUUAAGUAUGCGCCUACACUUUUGGCGAUCUUUAUUAUUCGACAGAGUAACUUAUGGCGCGUUCUCAUGCAUUACAAUACUGUAAAAAGUAUGCAGCUUCUAUAAUGCAUGUUCUCGGAUGACGAACAGCGCAGCGAUCGUAAAAUUUUGUCAUAGGAAAAAAUAAAGAGAUAAUAUAGCGUGUUGUUAUGCACGACCUCUUGACGAGGAAUGGCGGCUUUAGUCCGGGAAUAUUCAAGUGUUUCUCGACGUGUCGGAUAGGAACGGUGAACGACGUCUGCUGAUUUAGCCGCGAAGUCUGUUACGAACAAUUUUCUGGCGACGCGUCAACGGAAGUGACCUAAUUUAUUAUAUUUACCGUUCUCUAAGCGCCUAAGAAAUUUGUUAAGACGCGUAUGCGAAUGUCGCGGCUGAGAAAAGUGAGAAUUGAUGAAUAAACAAAAGAGAGAAAGAGAACGAUGCAUGUAGUGUUUUUGGAAAAAAAAACAAUCCCAACGUCGUUGAAGAUGCUCUCGAACAAAAUCCUCAUCACCUGUUGACCACCCAGCAAUCGCAAUGUACGCGAAAAAGAAAAGAGCGAAAGAAAUUUCUCUUUUUUUUUUUUAAGUAUUAUUGUCAAAUAUUUGCGAUUUUUAUUUAUAUUUACCGAAUAUCGGAAAAAUACGAGGGCGAAGAAUGGCAAACAUUAAAGAGAACAACCGCGACAAAUAUUGGACAAACAAGGAAAUUGAAAGAAUUAAAAAAAAAGGUUAAAAAGGAUUAGAAAUAUGGAUAUAUUGAUGUGAAUAAAAUAUAUGACAGCGAGACGGUUGAUCGACAAAUCUUUCGCUCUCCAGAAGCUUGAAUUCUGACAUUAAGAAUUUGUAAGAAGCGCAUUUUUUCCGUUGCUUUUGUGAAACAAUUGCGAUUUAGUUUGCUAUGCGUUUGCAGCAAAAUUCAAUUAAAAGUUUGUGCUGUCCAGCCAGGAUUUCCUCGGCUCUGAUGAUUUUGCCUUUCCCGAUCGCCCGUCCAGUGUGAUCGCUUCAGAAAUCGUGCUUUCCGUCUGAUAUGAUCUCUGACGAAGACAGAAGGAGAGAUUUGAAGAAAACAGCCGAAAUGGAGGGAGUUCAAUGAGCGCGACUUAAUGAUCCUUGAUUGGUUUUCUUCUCUUUGUCCUUUUUUGUUUUCAUUUUUAUUCCCCAUGUCGGCCGUUGACCGUUUUUUGAUUCUCUCUUCCUCCUGCUUCUUCUUUAUGUAUUUAUUUCACUCGUCGUCAAUUGACGUUAAUAAUGUAUUGUGAUAAUGCAACGAUACACACACAAAACACAUACCAUAUUAACACACACGUACAUGUGUACACAUACCGAUACUCGGCUCCGCUUCGUCGUAAUAGACUGAUCAACCAAGCCGACCUACCAGCGUCGCCCAUAGUGCUGGUUGCACUAACUCGAAUCACACUGUUUGGAAGAAUCAAUAAAAACGUCUUUAAUUUA